GCGCUGGUGCCACUCCCGGAGCUGAUGGUGCAGGUGGAAGCCGGAGGGAUGCACACGGUGUGCCUCAGCCAGACAGGAAAAAUCUACACCUUUGGCUGCAACGAUGAAGGUGCCCUCGGGCGCGACACCUCGGCGGAAGGGUCGGAGACCACGCCGGGGCUGGUGGAUCUGCAGGAGAAGGUGGUGCAGGUCUCUGCGGGGGACAGCCACACGGCCGCGCUGACGGAGGACGGCAGGGUUUUUAUCUGGGGCUCUUUCCGGGAUAACAACGGGGUGAUCGGCUGGCUGGAGCCCAUGAAGACGAGCUCCGUUCCUGUGCUGCUGGAGCUCAGUGCACCCGUCGUUAAAAUUGUCUCAGGGAACGACCACUUGGUGAUGCUGACGGUGGACGGUGACCUCUUCACGUGUGGCUGCGGAGAGCAGGGCCAGCUGGGGAGAGUGCCGGCGCUCUUCGCCAACCGUGGCGGAAGGAAAGGGCUGCAGCGCCUGCUGGUCCCCCAGCGCGUCCCUGUCAGAGGCAAAGGCAACAGAGGCAAAAUGCGCUUCCAGGACGCCUUUUGCGGGGCUUACUUCACCUUUGCCGUCACGCAGGAGGGACACAUCUAUGGAUUCGGCCUCUCCAACUACCACCAGCUGGGGACCCAGGGCACCGAGCCCUGCUUCUCCCCGCAGAACCUGACGUGCUUCAAGAACUCCACCAAGUCCUGGGUCGGGUUCUCUGGCGGGCAGCACCACACCGUGUGCGUCGACUCGGAGGGUAAAGCCUACAGCCUGGGCAGGGCCGAGUACGGCCGCCUGGGCCUGGGGGCGGGGGCGGAGGAGAAGAGCACCCCCACCGUCAUCCCGGAGCUCCCCAGCAUCUCCUCUGUCGCGUGCGGCGCGUCGGUCGGCUACGCCAUCAGCAGUGACG